AAUGAACCAUACGCUGUCAGAGUAGUUAACCUGGAGUGGAAGGUGAGUAAUAAAGUUUGCAUAAUACAUGUGUGGAGCUGUCACGUCCGGGCUUUAUGGCCGCCUUUAUUCUGAAAGGACUUCCGGUUAAACACCACAUAUUCAGCUGUUUCCUGUCUGUACCGGUCUUCAUUAUCCACACCUGCAUCUCAUCUGCCAUUAGUCGGCUCCGUAUUUAAGUUCCACUUCUCACACCUGUUACCUGCCAGAUUGUUGCGUGUGAUCACCACUUUCCAGCGUUCGUUGUCUCGUGUUUCCGUGUAUCGUGCCUCCCGUUUAGACCUUUGAUUCCGAGUCUGCCUAGUCCUUGUCUGCCUUGAUUAUCUACCGCUGCAUGUUACCGACAUUGCCUGCCCGACCACGAUCUGACGCCCGACGAUUUGGUAUUGUAAUCCAUCUCUUGUGUAUGACUCUGCCUGUCCCUGACGCCGUCUCUGCCUGAUCCUGUUUAAACCCCGUUUGAUCUCCCGUGUAUGACUCUGCCUGGAUUGGAUUCUGUAUUCUGGAAUAAACUGUCCUCUUAACAUCACAAACGCUGUGUUGUGCUGUGCAUGUGGGUCCGUCAUCUACAACACCCUGACAGGAGCUCUGGAACCAAUGAGGUUGAGCUGAAACUUUCAUACUGUAGAUGUCAUAACUUUUAUGACAUAAUUUUAUGACAUAAUAACAGUGCCGCUGUAAAAAAAGCCUGAAGUAGAGCAAUGACUUGUCUGAUACCUUCUUUCUGUUUGCUGUGGAUUGGUGAGUGGUCAACUUCCUCUUAUGUUCAAUAUGUCAUGUAAUGUCAUAAUAACCACACAAUUAAUAACUUCUAUCUGUUUAUAAAGGUUUGAAUGCAUUGUACCAUAUGGCACCCUGCUCUGUCAUGUACAAGACUUUCUCUCACAGGUUUCACAGAGAGUUCAGCGAUGGUUCUACAGAACAGAGUCAUUGGAGGUCAACAGUGUGAGCGUCCGUAUCACGUCAGACUGAGAGCCGUCAGCGCUGGUGGAGCUUCCAGCUCGUGUGGAGGCUCUCUGAUCAGUAAACGCUGGGUUCUGACAGCAGCUCACUGUCUGAAGCCGGGGCGGACCAUGUUUGCAGAUGUAGUCAUGCAUUAAGGAGGUCCAGCCCAGGAAAUUAAAAUUACUGCAGAAGCUGAGAUCUUCACCGAUAAAGACAUCAACAACAACAUCAGGUCACACGACAUCAUGUUACUGCAGCUUCCGACCCCCACUGACGUUCAGCCUGUAGCACUACCUGACUGUGAAUGCAGCCCUGAAAUAAGUCAUUCCACAGUCCACAUAGCCGGACACGCUGCCACCACUGGAGGCCCCAACAAUGAACGAAGACCAGGCUCCUCAUCCAACCUCCAUUGUGCAGACAUACAAGUUGUCGACUGUGAAAACCUCAAAACAAGGCUGCAGUUAAAUUUCCCACAGGUCCACAAAGUCAAGGAGAACCAGCACUGGUUCUGUGGACGCUCUCCUGGAGUCGACAUAUGUUACGGAGACUCCGGUGGAGGAGUGGUGUUCAAUGACAGACUUUAUGGAGUCAUCUCUUUUCUUGGUGAUCCUGAGUUUGUUUGUGUCAGAGCAGCUGCAUUCAUGGACCUCUGUAAUCCACAGUACACAACUUGGAUCAAGAAAAUAAUCACUUGACAUGAAACAGUCUAAGGUGAGAUGUACUUAACUGUAAACUGUUAGAGACUCAUCAGGAAUAAAUUAUC